GGCAGGGGCGGGCACCACGGUCGGAAGCCCGCGCCGCCGGCCAGAGCGAGAGGGGAGCGGCGAGGAGGUGACGCCGCAGCCGCAGCUCGCCCGCCCGCCCGUCCGUCCGUCCUCGGGGCUCCGGGCGGCUCGGGCGCAGGUGUCCUUUCCUCCAGAAAGAAAAAUCGACACUUUGCACCCUGGAAGUUCAUUCAGGAGUUUGACAUUAGGGACUUUCAAAUUUGGACAUGGCUAAUCGGGGAGCAACAAGACCCAACGGGCCAAAUACUGGAAAUAAAAUAUGCCAGUUUAAGCUGGUGCUUCUGGGAGAGUCUGCUGUCGGCAAGUCAAGCCUAGUGCUCCGAUUCGUGAAAGGCCAGUUUCAUGAAUUUCAAGAGAGCACCAUUGGGGCUGCUUUUCUAACCCAAACUGUCUGUCUUGAUGACACAACAGUCAAGUUUGAAAUAUGGGACACAGCUGGCCAAGAACGGUACCACAGCCUCGCACCAAUGUACUACAGGGGAGCACAGGCCGCCAUUGUUGUCUAUGACGUCACAAACGAGGAGUCCUUUGCGAGAGCAAAAAACUGGGUUAAAGAACUUCAAAGGCAAGCAAGCCCUAACAUUGUAAUAGCUUUAUCUGGAAACAAGGCUGACCUAGCAAAUAAAAGAGCUGUUGACUUCCAGGAAGCACAGUCGUACGCCGAUGACAACAGUUUGUUAUUCAUGGAGACGUCAGCGAAGACGUCAGUGAAUGUAAAUGAAAUAUUCAUGGCAAUAGCUAAGAAGCUGCCGAAGAAUGAGCCACAGAACCCCGGAGCCAGUUCUGCCCGGGGGAGAGGAGUGGACCUCAGUGAGCCCGCACAGCCCGCCAGGACCCAGUGCUGCAGUAACUGAGCUGCCCUCCCCGCGGAACUGCCGCCACUCCGCCUCCCGCGAGAGCGAGCGAGACACAGCCGUGGAGUUGGAGCGCUUAGCUGGCCCAGUAUGACUUCCAAAAGAACAGACUUCUGAUAGUCAAGUUUCUAAUACAGAAUUAUUUUAAGUGUUUUGAACUUAAUUUUUAAUAACAUGCAUGUGUCCCUCCAACUAAUGUUUCAGCAGUAGCAAGGGGAAAUGAGAACUGUGUGUACUUGUUUCAUGGGACGUUUGAGGGGAUCAUUCUCACCAUUAGGGAUAAGAACCGUGACCGUCUGGACCCACAGUUAACCACCCAGUUUCUCCAAAGUGGUACGGUAGUCAUUUGUGAGAGGUCUGGAAAUUGUUAGAAGACUCUAAAAAUAUUUAUGCUUAGCUGCAGUAUUCAAGCAAAUGAUAAUUUCUUCAAUUAUCUAAAAUGUACAUUCCACAUUUUAUUAAGCCCCAGGAAAACAGUCCCACAUCUCCCAGAAAGAAGGAAUAUUAGUGGCUUCUAAAUUAUACUCAGUACUGUUAUUUUUUUUUAAGUGGGGUAAAAAAGUAAAAUGUAACCCCAUCAUGUUUUAGGAAUAAGAUAACUGAUGAAUGCAUUUUAAUAGUGUCCCCUUCAUGUGAGCUCUUCCACAAAACAAUGAAAUCAGCCAGGUGCGUGUGAUUUCUAGUGAAUCACUGUGGGCCAUUACCCAGGCCUGUCGUUCAGGGGCAACGAGGGGCUCUUGUUCACUUGACACGAUGUAGUCAGUGCACUAACAAUUAUGUCCAUUCAAACUUGAUUAUUUUACAUAUGAUCGAUCCUCUGCUGUACUGUAAAUAGGGUACUGCCUGUAGUCUCCAUAUGUUUAUUAUUUUUCUGUAAUAUUUAAGAAUUGCUUAAAAGUAUACAAAAUGUACAGUUACUAAACAGCUAAUGGUUUCUUUCUCUUCCCUCUGUGGAAGAAAGGAGCUUCAGUUGUUCCUACACAGCUAGAACCCUAACAAUGUACCUGUAAUUUGUAACAUAAGUAUUACAAUGUCAGUAACAAUCUUGCAGCCUUGUUUCUCAAAGUCCAUUUUAUUUUGAUCAGUAUAUUGCACUAAUUCUUUUAGGUUCAUUCUGUGAAACUCUGCCGUGUGUGGGAGGAGAUUGGCUCUACUUAAGUGUUGAACUGCUAACAGACCGUGGAGCUCUACAGUAACCCAGAACAAGGGGGGAAACAGUUCACCGUGUUUAGUUUUAUACUGAGGUGCUCAGGUUGGAAUAAAGUGGUAUAAAAAGCAGCACUGGGUUCUCUCUCUUUUUAAGGGGUUGGGGACAUAAAGCAGUGAAAGUAACAUACCUGAUACAUAAAGCCUGUGGUCUGCUUUUGUAUUUUCUUUACCUUCUUAAAAAUAUCUACAUAGUGCUGUUAUGUCCCCUUGACAGCUGGUUCAUUGAGAGAUUGUUCUAGCAUCAUGUUUUGGGCUGAGUAAUUCAAGUUUCAAUUUUGUGUCAGCUGCUGAUACUCAGUGCCACUGAGAAAUAUCACGGUGACGGUGAUGUUGUCUCUGGAGCCAGCUUCCAGAGCCGCAGUGACAAGUUCACGGCUCACAUACUCGGCCGCGCCUUCGUAGAAACUUGAAUCACGUGGCUCUUGCACACCAUCUGUACUUGUGGGUAUGUUGGGCUCUUUUUCACUGGAAGGUUCAGAAUGAGCUCUUUUUGAUGGAGAUGUCUCUGUGUUUUUAGGGUAAUAAAAGCAAUAUUCAGAAUGUC